AUGAAGCUAUUCGUGUUUACUCUAGCAUGGGCUUUUGCUCUUCUAGCUUCAUCAUUGGCUUUUGCCGCUACAGUUGAACACACUUUCAAGGUUCAAAACAAGACUAUCAAACGCUUGUGCAAUGAGCGAGUGAUUGUAACAGUGAAUGGACAUUUCCCUGGACCACAGAUAAAUGUCCGCGAAGGUGACACUGUGAUUGUCCAUGUAUUCAAUGAGGCACCAUACAAUAUCACCAUUCAUUGGCAUGGAGUGUUUCAGCUCUUUAGUGGUUGGGCAGAUGGUCCUGAAUAUGUAACUCAAUGCACAAUUAGUCAAGGAAAUAAAUAUACUUAUAAAUUCAACGUGACAAAACAAGACGGAACAUUAUGGUGGCACGCUCAUGCAUCUGUUUUACGAUCCACAGUUCAUGGUGCUUUCAUCAUUCACCCUCGUUUUGGAGGAUUCCCGUUUCCUAAACCCUACAAGCAAGUUCCCAUUAUAUUAGGUGAUUGGUAUAAUGUUAAUGUUGUGGAUGAUGUAACCCAAGCACUCGCCACUGGAGGAGCUCCUGGGUUAUCUGAUGCUUUCACAAUCAACGGCUUCCCUGGCAAUCUCUUCAAUUGUUCUAGAAAUCAGACGUUCAAGAUGAAGGUGAAGCAAAGAAAGACCUACUUGCUACGAAUGGUCAACGCUGCACUCAAUAACGAUUUUUUCUUCAAGAUAGCAAAUCACAGUUUCACUGUUGUCGCUGUUGAUGCUGAAUACACCAACCACUUUGUCACCGACAUCAUUAUCAUCGCCCCUGGCCAAACCGCUGAUGUUCUAUUCACAGCAAAUCAAUCCACAGGUUCAUACUACAUGGCUGCAUCUCCUUAUAGUGAUGGUGGUCCUGCCCUCGGCAACAAGACAACUCGUGGGAUUGUCGUUUACGACGAUGCAUCAUCAUCAUCAUCACAACCCAUGAUGCCAUCUCUACCACCCGUAGACGACACACCAACAGCUUUCAAGUUCUACAGCAACUUAACAAGCUUGGUAGGGGCCCCACAUUGGGUUCCUGUCCCACUUGAGGUGGAUGAGAACAUGUUCAUCACCGUUGGAUUAAACCUACAAAGGUGUGAUCCUGUGAAUGCCACCAAUGCCACGUGUCAGGGUCCAUCCCAUCACAGAUAUUCUUCCAGCAUGAACAAUGAGUCCUUUGUGCUCCCUAGUGGGAGAGGGUUCUCUAUGUUGGAAGCGUUCUUUAAAAAUGUCAUUGGGGUUUACACUGCUGAUUUUCCUAACAACCCUCCAAUUUUGUUUGACUUCACAAAUCCGAACAUUAGUUCCAAUGAAAACCUUAUAUUUGCGCCAAAAUCAACCAAGGCUAAGAAACUCAAGUUCAAUUCAACUGUGGAGAUUGUGUUCCAAAAUACAGCAUUUAUUGGUGUGCAGAACCAUCCCAUGCACAUUCAUGGUUUUAGCUUCCAUGUUUUGGCUCUCGGGUUUGGGAAUUUCAAUUCCACUAGAGAUAAAGCCAAGUUUAAUUUGGUGAAUCCUCAAAUACGUAACACAAUUGGUGUGCCUGUAGGAGGAUGGGCUGUCAUCAGAUUCCAAGCAAACAAUCCAGGAGUAUGGCUUGUGCAUUGCCAUAUGGAAGAUCAUGUGCCAUGGGGACUAGACAUGGCUUUUGAGGUUGAGAAUGGACCAACUCCUUCAACAUCACUCCCUCCACCACCUUCUGAUCUACCUAAAUGUUAA